AUGUCAAUAAAUCAAGCAGGGUCCUGGCUCGGUGGCAUGCCAUUCCAGGUUGGGCAAACCUGUCAAAUAUUCUCUCUACAUUUCUGUAACUCUAACCAAAUAGAACACUUCUUCUGUGACAUACCCCCUGUGCUUAAACUGGCCUGUGGAGACACUUCUGUUAAUGAGAUGUAUGUCUAUGUAGUGGCUAUCUUGCUUGCUGCAAUCCCUUUUAUACUAAUAUUAACAUCUUACAGCAAAAUCAUUGGCACCAUCCUGAGGCUUCCCACUGCUGAAGGACGAUCAAAAGCCUUCUCCACAUGUUCUUCCCACCUAGUGGUGGUGGUUUUGUUUUUUGCCUCUGCAUCUAUUACCUACUUAAUGCCAAAAUCAACUCAUUCUGCAGUAAGUGACAAAUUCCUUUCUCUUUUCUAUACCAUUGUCACCCCUGUGUUCAAUCCCAUGAUAUACAGCCUUAGGAACAAAGAGGUAAUUGCAGCUCUGAGAAGAUUGUUGCUUAGAACAUAG